UCUCCGAAAUCUUGGAUCGAAGAGGUCUUCAGCAAAAGAGAAUGUGCACACAUUAUUCCCAGUUCAAAAGAUCCUCACAGAUGUCCUGCAGGAUGCCAGGUGUGCCAGAAUUUAAUCAGAUGUUGCUGUGGACGGCUGAUUGGAGAUCACCCAGGAGUAGACACUAGCUGGCCUGUUUAUCAGGCUGCCCCACAGAGAGAUGGUGUAGAAUGGUCUGUGCAGAAGCACACAAAGAUGAGUCCAACGGAUGCAUUUGGUACAAUCAAUUUUCAAGAUGGAGAUCACACUUACCAUGCCAAGUAUAUUAGACUCUCUUAUGACAGCAAUUUGGAUCAGUUAUUGCACUUGAUGGUUAAAGAAUGGCAGAUGGAGUUGCCGAAGCUAGUGAUCUCUGUUCAUGGAGGCAUUCAAAAUUUCAAGCUUUCCUCAAAGGUCAAGCAGGUUUUCAGCAAAGGAUUGGUGAAGGCUGCUGAGACUACAGGAGCAUGGAUAAUAACAGAAGGCAUUAACAGCGGAGUGUCCAGGCAUGUGGGGGAUGCGCUGAAGGGCCGUGCUUCACCACACCUGAGAAAGAUCUGUGCUGUUGGGAUUCCUCCAUGGGGUAUCAUUGAGAACCAGAAGGAUCUCAUUGGAAAAGAUGUAGUUUGCCUGUACCAGACUCUUGGUAAUCCACUCAGCAAGUUGAGUACCCUCAACAGCAUGCAUUCCCAUUUUCUAAUGGCAGAUGAUGGGACAGUAGGCAAGUAUGGGAAUGAAAUUAUGCUCAGGAGGAAUUUGGAGAAGUACAUAUCACUUCAAAAAAUACACACAAGAAUGGGCCAAGGUGUACCCGUAGUUGGGUUGUUCGUGGAAGGAGGCCCCAAUGUGAUCCUAAUGGUGUGGGAGUACGUGAGGGCCAGCCCAGCUGUCCCUGUGGUGGUCUAUGAGGGCACUGGCAGAGCUGCAGAUAUCCUGGCUUUUACCCACAAACACACGAGUGAUACAGGGGAGCUGCACCCUCAAGUGAAGGAGGAGGUUUUAGUGAUGAUUCAAAACACAUUUAGCUUGGGACAGAAACAGUCCAGUCAUCUAUUUCACAUUUUGGUGGAAUGCAUGGAGCACAGAGAGUCC